AUGUCUUUACAGGUUGACCAGAUUAGCGAAAAAACGCAGAAUCAUGUUCCGAAAUGGAAGAAAUUAUUAUCACUUAAAAAUUCUAGUUCAGCAUUACCAAUAAAAUAUUCUCAAAUUUCCACCUCUAAAAAUGAGGAGGAGACGAUCAUAAAGCUGAAAACUAAAGUUCAAAAUACAGAUUCAGAAAUAAUCGGAAAGAAGAGAAAGAAGGAUAAGAAUAAAGAUAAAAAAUCGGAAGUGGAAAAGAAAAAAACGAACAAACACGAAAAGAAAAAACGAAAAGUUAAUGAUAAAGAAAAGACUAAAUUUAAUGAUAUCGGUGGUCUCGAUGGAAAUGGAAAUUUGUCUAAACAAGUUCCAUUGGAAAAGACCAAUGAUUCAACAUCGGUAUUAGCAAUCGAGCAAACAAAUUUGAAGGUACCAGACGAAUUUACACAUGCUGCAAAAACAGGGUUAAAUUAUCUUUUAAUUUGGCGUUAUCGUAAGGAAGAAUGGAAAUUUCAAAAAGUACGUCAAAUUUGGCUACUCAAAAAUGCAUAUCAUGAAGAUUUAUUCUCGGAUGAUUUUUUCAAGGUAUUCAUAGAAUAUAUCGCGGAAUUGUCGGGAAAGUCGCGACACACUACACUUAAAAUGGCUCAGGAUAUUGUCAAUAAGUUCGAAUCGGAAGCAGAUGGAGCAAUUGGAGAGCAAGAGGAUGAUGAGAAAGCGGAUCAAAAAGACGUAAAAAGGAUCGAACAAAUCAAAUUAAAUAGAGCAAAAGCCGUAGUGAGAGUUCUCUCGUAA